GGCAAAUAGAGUUAUGGUUGUCUAGAUACAAACAACGCAAGAUGGCGUCUUGCUGGGCCUGAUUGAGAAAAUCUUUGGAGUUCUUUGAAACCUCUAAAGGUCCCAGGACUGCCACUGCAUCUGAAAAUUGUUUUGUGAAUGAUUUUAGUUUUACCAAAAUAUAUUUUCGGUGUCCAUACAUCAAUAUAUACUCCAAACACAGUCCAUUUCUCCUUUGUCUUUCCAAGGCUAGAGUCUAGAUCUGGAAGCAAUCUAGCUGAACGAACCUAGGCCAGGCAUGUCUGACUCCGAAGAUGAAAGCCCCGAUAGACAGUUGAAGCUUGUUGUGAUGGGAGAUGGUGCUUCAGGGAAGACUUCAUUGUGUAUGAGAUAUUCACAAGAACAGUUCUCCAAGCAGUAUGGUCAAACAGUUGGUCUCGACUUUUUCCUCAAAAGGAUAAAUCUUCAAGGAAAUACAAAUGUGGCCUUACAGGUUUGGGACAUAGGUGGACAAACUUUAGGAGGAACAAUGUUGGACAACUAUAUAUUCGGCGCUCAUGGUGUUCUCCUGGUGUAUGACAUCACCAACUACUCUAGCUUUGAGAACCUCGAAGAUUGGUUCCAUGCAGUCAAGAAGGUUUGUGGCUCUGGCCCUAUGCCUCACAUGGCCCUUGUUGGAAACAAAAGUGACCUUGAACAUAUGAGGACAGUGAAACAAGACAAACACCAGAAGUUUGCCCAGGACCACAAUAUGAAUCCUUAUUAUGUGUCGGCAAAGACUGGAGAGUCGGUAUCACUGUGUUUUCAAAAGGUUGCAGCAGAUAUCCUGCAGAUCAAACUGAGUAAACCGGAAAUUGACCAGCACCAGCGAGUGGUCAAAGCUGAGAUCAUUGACUACAGUAAUUCUUAUGCGGCUGCCUCGAAAAAGACCCAAAAGCAACCCAAAAGUGCUCUGUGCACGAUUGCAUGAUAUGUUUGGAAGUGAGUGUUUGAGGUUGGGGGAUUGUUGUACUGUCUGUUGGAGUUCCCGAUGGCUGUUGCCUGUGAGAAAAACGUGAUGUACGUAUGUUCUUAAGUAUAUUAUGUGAGAUGUGUUGACAAAAUGAGAUAACUUCUCAGACUUUAGCUUUGUGGCAAGAGAUACAUUAAAUCAACUGUCUGAGUGUACAUAAUUUAUUAUUAUGAAAUAGUAAAAGACUUGGUAAACUUGAAGAAAAUGGCAUCAGUUGAAAAUCUACAAAUUUGACACUCGUGUUGAUUUUCGGCUGUUAUCUCUUUUCGUGGACUGAGAAGUUACUCAUUUAGUCAGCAUCCCUCUUUCACUAUCAUUUACAGCUAAUUUAUGAGUGUCACAAGCACUACUCUCAGAUCCAUCGUGUUUGCUUUAAGUUUGAUAAAAUAGAAUUUAUUCUGAAACUUACAUGUUAUUUGAGUUUCAGAGGUAUCAUAUUUUUAAUUGGUUGAGCCUGAUAACUAUGUAGUAUUUUUGUUAAUUAUUUUUUAGUAUUAUAUGAUUUCCAUUGCUCUCCCAGAAAUGAAAAUGGAAAAAAUUAUAUACAUUGCCGGUGACUACCUAACAGUCACAAAGAUACAUUUAUUUUUAUAAACAGUAUACUUCCAAUGCAGUUUGUACAAGAUUACAUUUUUUACUAGUGAAAAACAUUUGACUUGCCUACUCUGAUAGCGAACAACAUUGAAAUUCUCUUUGAGAAGGACUUUCUUGAAUUGGGUCUUGGACAUUUCAGGUUGAUUCUUUUCUUUGUUAAAUUAUGUUUUGUGUAUGCCACUCCCACAUUUGAUCACACUGGUUAGUAGUAUGGCAAAAAUUCUUUUUAAGGCGGAUUAUUGCUUGAACUAAAUUUUAGAAAAGCUCUGUGAACAUAUCUGGAGUAUUUAUUGCAGCUUCCCUUAUCGUGAUACAUGAUUUUAUAACCCACAGCUGGCGCAGAAGAACAAAGUUAAAAGACUGCUGAAUUUACACUGACAAUGUAACUUACAGCUGUAUAUUAUGUUAGAUACAUAUUAUGUUAGAUACAUGAAUGAAUUGUCUUGUGCCUUGACAUUGCCAACAAAGAAUAUCAUUUUAUGGUUGUUCAGUAAGAGUAAUCCGUUAACAAAUGUAAGGUCAGUUUUUAAAUGAGCAUAGAAUGUGAAGGUUACAGUCAAUGAAAUCCAAAAUUGUUUUAAUGGAUCAGUAGUACAUGCUUGUGUACUUUUGCCGGGACCUACAUGCAAAUAUUUACAUAUGUAUAAUACAACUGAGGUUUAUGAAAUGAAAUAACAUCAUGGUAAUAUAAUUUUCCCUGUUGAAAAGAGUACAGGCCUGAGAUGAGUUUAAAGAUGGUCAACUUUUUGCAAAAGUAAAUUUUUACAGUAGCCUACUAUUUUGAGUGACGUUGUGUCCGAGUGAGUGUGCAUAAAAGUAAUGUAUGUUUGCGUUGACUGUGCAUUUUUGCAGAGGCUUUAUAGGUUAUACUCUUGAUUGUUGUACAUCGGACCUGGGUUUAAAUCCUGCGGGGGAGCUUCUCGACUGAGGUGAUUUAUCGAGGUUUUUUUUUUUUGUGCUCUCUACAUGGUCCUGAGAGAGACCACUGUCUAUAUGUUGGUCUGCCUCUCUAGUUGUUGCAAGGGGUCGUAUGAAACUAAAAUUUAAGUGUAUAUUUAUACACAUGUUGAUCUGUGCUUGUGGUGACAGGCAUAUCAUAUGGAGGUGUCGACUGUCAUGUGUUGUCUCUGUAUUUUUACAUGUUAUGAUUGUUCAAAUUUUAGAGAAAACUGUGCAAAAGUAACUGUUCAGCCUUUGUUUAUGGCUAGGAGACAUGUGCUUGAAAUGCUUUAUGGGUUGACUAGUCUUUCACUGUACCCUUACACUGGUGAGGGCAAGCUUUAGUUUGCCCCUGAUGUCUCUGGGAUAGUCUAAAAGGAACUUUUGCUUGUAGAGAUCGUAUGAGUUCUAAACUUAGAAGUUGCGGCUCUUUGAAUGUAUGUUUUCUUGUGUUUCUAAAGUAUCCUAGUAAGGAAGGAAGAGAAACAACAAGUGAACAGUUUAUCGCUAUGAAGCAAAGCCUUUAACUACCCUUGACGAAUUUGUUGAACCGAAUGUUACUUGUAGUUGGAAAAGCUUUUGCCUUGCUUUCCAACUUACUAAAGC